AUGUAUCAGCACCUUCGUAUUCCUAUGAAACAAGCUCAACAGCAGUUAGAACACAUGAAAGAACAAGACAAUAAUCGUCGUCGUUGUCGAAGCAAAAAUGAAAUAUGUCCAACAGUAACAACUAGCGAACCUUUGACAACAACAUAUGAUAAUCAAAUGGAUAAAGAUUCGGAUAUUCACAUCGAAAUGAUACAUCAAGUGUUAACAGAUACCGAUGAAACAUUGGAUAUUGUUGAUGAUUUUGGUCUUCUUUCAUCCGAAGAGGAUACAAUUGAAUUUCAAUCUGAACUUAAUUUCCAUUGCGACGUGCUGAGUGAAGAACAAGAUGACCUGCUUUUAUUAGAUGAUUUAUUUUCAUCGAAUAACAAUCAAAAUAGUCACUUUCUUCAUUCACAUGCCACUAUCAAGACACACGAAUUUUGUAAACAAUUGAUUGAAAUUGUCAGAGAUGCUAAUAUUAGUAACAUACAUCGUUCUCGUAUUCUCACAUUAAUUAGUAGUAUUCUUCUACAACCUCAUAACUCACCCACAAUAUAA